GGGUGCUUCCGCCCUCUCCAGCUCAGGCUGCAGAAUAACGUCCAUGUUUUGCUCCAGUUCAUCCCGUCCUCUCAUUGGACAGGGUAGAGAAAUGGCUGCAGAGGAGCCAGUUCAGGGGCCGGUGACCUUCGAGGAGGUGGCUGUGUAUUUCACCAGGGAAGAAUGGGCUCUGCUGGACCCCAUUCAGAGAGCCCUCUACUGGGAUGUCAUGCAGGAGAACUAUGAGAUUGUGACCUCGCUGGGGUUUCCAGUUUCCAAAUCUGAUGUGAUCUCCCAGCUGGAACAAGGGGAAGUGUCAUGGGUCUCAGAUCUCCAGGGUUCAGAGGAAAGACAGAUCCUGAGAGCUCCCUGCACAGCAGGUGAUGCAAUGGUAUGUGAGAAAGAGGAGCAGAAUUCUCAGCAGGAAAAUGUUGAGCAAGUGGAUAAACACAGAGCAUUAUCGCAAAGAUCAAAAAGGAAUGUGUCCAGGAGUUAUGAGAAGGAAAAAUCCUGUGAGUUUCAGCACAGACCAGAAAAAGAGCAGGGAAACCAGCCAGGGGAGAAAAUGGGUAAAUUUAUUUCCUGUCGGGGAACUCAGAAGAGUGUCAAGGAAACCGCAACACAGCAGGAAAUCCUCAUGGGAAAGAGGAAAAAUACAUGCAGUGAGUGUGGAAAAUGCUUCACUCAAAGAUCAAAUCUUAUUCAGCAUGAGAGAAUCCACACAGGCGAGAGGCCCUAUGAAUGCAGUGAGUGUGGGAAAACCUUAACUCAAAGAUCAGGCCUUUUACUCCAUUGGAGAAUCCACACAGGGGAGAGGCCCUACGAAUGCCAUGAGUGUGGGAAAAGCUUCAUUAGCAGCUCAGCCCUUUCUAAACAUCAGAGAAUCCACACAGGGGAGAGGCCCUAUGAAUGCCAUGAGUGUGGGAAAAGCUUCACUCACAGCUCAGCCCUUUCUAAACAUCAGAGAAUCCACACAGGGGAGAGGCCCUAUGAAUGCCGUGAGUGUGGAAAAAGCUUCACUCACAGCUCUCACCUUACUGGGCAUCAGAGAAUCCACACAGGAGAGAGGCCCUAUGUAUGCAGUGAGUGUGGGAAAACCUUCAAUCACAGCUCGCACCUUAUUGGGCAUCAGAGAAUCCACACAGGAGAGAGGCCCUAUGAAUGCCGUCAGUGUGGGAAAAGCUUCACUCACAGCUCAGCCCUUUCUAAACAUCAGAGAAUCCACACACGGGAGAGGCCUGAGGAACCACCUGAUCAACAUCCUGUACAGUAGACAGGAGAAGAUCAAGAAUGAGCUCUCAAAACUGGAGACUCUCAUACAAAACCAACCUUCCACACAAACUUCCACGUGGCUGGACUUUACAAAAAUGAGACAAGCCAUUUACAAUGCACACUUCACUUCUCUACAGAGGAAAAAGGACAGUAAACUAUCUAAACUCCUACCUGCCACAGGGGGCUACAACAGUGGUAACCACAACUCACCUAACAAUAUUGUUAAUCUAUCCAACCACACACUUAGUCUGGCAGAAGAGUCUGUCCUAUCUCGGGGACUCUUUCUGUCCCACCAUCCCCACAAACAUGAUACAGUUCUGUGGUGAUCUGGAAGCCUACUUUCGUCAUCUCCGACUCAAGGAAUAUUUUCAAUGCACCACUGAACAGUGCACUGGCCCACAGGAACCCUCCUACACUACAAGAAGAAGAACUCUGCGUGGACUCCUCCUGAUGGUCGAAAUGACAGACUGGACCUCUACAUAGAGUGCUUCCGCAGAUGUGCACAGGCUGAAAUGGUGAACAAACAACAAGGAGUCUGGUGGUACCUUAAAGACUAACAGAUUUAUUUGGGCAUAAGCUUUCGUGGGUAUAAACCUCACUUCUUCGGAUGCAAGGUUUUUACAUCCGAAGCAGUUUCUCCUCCCUUGGUGUUCACACCUCAACUGCUAGCAGAGCACCUCACCCUCCCUGAUUGAACUGACCUCGUUAUCUCCAUACUGAUCUAUACCUGCCUCUGGAAAUUUCCAUUACUUGCAUCUGAAGAAGUGAGGUUCUUACCCACGAAAGCUUAUGCUCCCAAUACUUCUGUUAGUCUCAAAGGUGCCACAGGACCCUCUGUUGCUUUUUACAGAUUCAGACUAACACGGCUACCCCCUGAUACUUGAACAAACAACAUCACUUGCCCCAUAACCUCAGCCAUACAGAACGCAGUGCCAUCCACAGCCUCAGAAACAACUCUGACAUAAUCAAAGGGGCUGACAAAGGAGGUGCUGUAGUCAUAAUGAACAGGUCGGAUUAUGAGCAGGAGGCUGCCAGGCAACUCUCCAAGACCACAUUCUACAGGCCACUAUCCUCUGAUCCCACUGAGGAAUACCAAAAGAAACUACACAAUCUGCUCAAGAAACUCCUGGCUAUAGUACGGGAACAAAUCUACACGGGGACACCC